GAUGAUAUAAAGAUGCGAGCAGUGACAGGCAGAUAUUAAACUGUUGUCACUGGCGCAUGACGAUUUACUAUCAACGCCAUUAUCAUUAUAUUGCCGGUGGAGAAGGAAGCUAGGCGCGCGACUCCGUCAUCCCAUAGGUUGCCCUCGUCAACAGUUUGGGAACGGGCUCAGACAGACAUAAGAACGUAUACAGAUCGUGUGCCAGUCGGAUAUUUGUUGAAUUGAUUGGAUAUACCGAACUAAAAUUGGAGCUGUGUGUGUAUAAUGACAGUUUCAUCAAUUGUGUAACCUUAAUAAAGCAAAGAAAUGGGAGCCCAAACUCUUUUGUUUUCGUUAUUGACGGCUAUGUUAGUGCACGUGAUAUCAGGCGCGAUGCCGUCGGCGUGUGUUUCAUGCCAGAAGAGCCAGCAGUGUUUCCCGCCCGAUUGCGUGUGCUGCUCCGACGAGCUACGGUUUACGAAUGUCACCCUGGCACAGAUCCCGCAGACGGUCUUCUUCACGUUUGACGAUGCUGUUACCGGCCAGGCGGCUGGCUUCUACAGACAGUUGUUCGAUUCCUCGAGGAAGAACCCUAACGGCUGUCCAGUUACAAUGACUCUGUUUAUCUCUCACGAUAAUACACAAUACGGACUGGUCUCUGAAUUUCACAGCCUUGGAAUGGAGAUUGCCAGCCACAGUGUCACACACAGUACAAUGAACGGAUCGAAUUUCUUUCCGGAAGCAAAGCAACAGAAGGAGAAUCUCGCGAAGUUGGCUGGGAUACCUAUUGAGGAAAUUGUUGGAUGGCGGAGCCCGUAUCUUAAACCCGCCGGGGAUCUGCAGCCAGAUACGCUUAAAAAGCUUGGAUAUACCUACGACGCCACUCUAACAUUUAGUAAGCGAAGUUUCAAGGAAAAACCACCCGGGCCUUUUACGCUUGAUUUCGGUUACCCGUUUGAAUGUCAGGUAAAGCCUUGUCCCAGGCACAAACAUGCCGGGUUUUGGGAGAUCCCGGUCGUGUCGUUAAUGGAUUAUAAGCAAGCAUACGAUUGUGUGUAUGUGGACGGCUGUAUGAACGCCCCACCAGAUGAGGAAGUCGCAUAUAAAUUCCUUUGGGAUAAUUUCCAUAACUAUUAUACAACCACACGGAUGCCAUUUGGGAUUAACAUGCAUCCUUCCUGGUUCUACUACCCCGACAGGCUUAAGGCCAUGGAUAGAUUCAUCCAGAAGCUCGUGUCUCUUAACGAUGUCUACAUCGUUAGCGCUAAUCGGGUUAUAGAAUGGUUAAAAAGGCCCACGCCGCUCCAAGACUUGCAUUCAUUUCCAGCUUGGGCAUGUGAUGGAAGUGAGAAAACUUUUAACAGUCCGAAGGUUGUCAGAUUGAACGUACCAGCGCCACCACCUGUACCUCGCUCUUUCAUACAAUGGACAAGGAAGCCGACUCUGGUAUAUACUCCCGCCCCACCAACGGCGCGAACACGAACGUUCACCCAAGCUAGGCGUAUUGAGCCCCAACGCAUUGCAGCCGCCGAAUCCAGAGGACAAACUUUGAACACGCAAAAAAGCCUGUUUACUCUUGAUUUAACAAAAGAGAACGCUCGUCAGCGACAAAGGCUGUUAGAUAUCAGGCGGCGUCAUCAGUCUCCUGCUCCUCCCCCGCUGUCUUUACCGAGGAGACCAGAUAUGACGCGGCUAAACCGACCAAACGCCAUCAUUUCGCCAACAAGAGACUCGACGCAGAUACAAUUGCUCAAACAGCACGAAGAACGCUUACGUCAACGCCAAUUAUUAAGAGAACGCUUACUGCAACAGCGGACGCGAGCACUGCAAGAAGAGGGGCGACGUCAGCGUCAGCGAGACUUGCUCGAAGAAAGACAACGGCAACAUAAGGCGAUAAUGGAACAGCGACGACAAGAGCAGCGGGACCAACGCCCACCAAGCAUGUUGACAAGUAAAGCACCGAGCGUUUUUGUAUCUCACAGAGCUGACGGACAGCAAACCUUUACAGAAAAACGGGUGUUGUGGUCACCGUCAGCAAGUGCAGAUAUGGCUACUACUAAAGUUGUUUCAAGAGCAGAUAAACGUCGAUCAUGGGUGCCGGAAGGGAUCAGUCAGGAAACUGUCAAAAUAUGGCCACAUAUGUUACCUUCUUUUAAGUCAGUUACCCGGAUACCUGCUGUCAGUGGCCGCGGUGGAAGCGCCCCCGGUGGCAAUAUAAUACAAAGAAUCCAAAACCCGACAAAUGGCAUUUAUGUUGAAGUGACGCCCGCUCCGAGCCCGACACAUACUAGGCACGUGACUCGUUUCACAGAGUCCCCUCAAGACAGAUGGCAUCAGCAGCUACAGACAAGACUCGGGCCCGCUGUGUCCGCCCGCCCCGUCAGUCGACAGGGCUCAUCGGCCAGGGUUGUAAGAGGGCCAGACCAAUCGCUCCUGAGACAACUGAACAACCACGCAGUAAGGCCUUUGCGCGGUCAUCCUGUUGCUGGUCGAGACAAUAUAAGAGCUGAAGUUGCGGAACAUUCGCGACAGCGAUCCCGUGUCGAACAGUCCAGAGUCUCUAGACGUCCGUCCGUCCGCCAGCAGAUGGCCUGGAAUAAUUUUAUACAGCAAAUGCUCGGGCCACACUGAAAACGGUGAACAAAGUUAUAUUUGAAAAGUGCAAUGUAUUUUACCCUCGUGCUUAAAUCCAAGGAACAAUAUGCACGGCAGAUAAGCCGUUCCCGGAGGCAGGGUCUUUCAAAUGUGGUACCUAAUUGGUCAUCGGUCACUUAUAUAGUACUAGCAAUAAAGUACUUAAGUAUUGGCUUUCUACCAGUAACUCGAAUAUUUGCAAAGAUGAAACAAACAAAACUGCGAUACAUAGCACGUUAAAUUCAUUGGAUUUGAAGUGUCUUGUAUCACAUAUCGAUAUAAAUAAAAUGCAUAACUAGUGUCAGUAAAGCAAAUGCAAAGUAUUGUCAAAGGUGUAAACUAGAUAAUGAAUGGGCUCGUGGUAAGACAUCAUUCAGAAGUAUAGCUUUUCAAUCAUUUGCCGGAUCGCAUACAUAUGUAUAUAACGUUAUAUUAAGUUUUCAUAUCGAAAGCUUAAUUAACAAAUAACGAUAUAUGUGCGUUGAAUUUAUAUGGAUUUCAUUUUAAUGUUUAAUGUUGUUAUGUCUAUAUUUGUGCAAUUUGUAAAAAUGCAUUUAUUUAUUUCUAUGAAAUAAACUGAACAAAAUAUC